AUGCGGGACUUCUACAUCCUGCUGGCACCGGCGGUGGUGCUGCUGUUCCUCUUCAAGUACAUCCCCAUGUACGGGAUCGGCAUCGCCUUCGUCGACUACAACAUCGUCAGAGGUAUCCUGGGCAGCACCUGGAACAACUUCAAGUGGUUCGACUGGGUCUUCAACGACCCGUUCUUCUGGCGCGUGCUGCGCAACACGGUGAUCCUGGCCGUCCUGCGGACGAUCUUCGCCUUCCCGGCGCCGAUCAUCCUGGCGCUGCUGCUCAACGAGGUGCGCGUGACCCCCUACAAGCGCGCCGUGCAGUCGGUCAGCUACCUCCCGCACUUCCUCUCCUGGAUCGUCCUGAGCGGCAUCGUCAGGGAACUGCUGUCGAUGCAGAGCGGCGCGAUCCCCUACCUCAUGGAGCGGGUGGGGCUGGAGCCGUUCUCGGUGCUGACCACCCCGGAGACGUUCCGAGCCCUGAUCAUGAUCGUCACCAUCUGGCAGAGCGUCGGCUGGGGGACGAUCAUCUUUCUGGCGGCGCUGUCGGGGGUGGACCCCCAGCUCUACGAAAGCGCGGCCAUCGACGGCACCAACCGCUGGCAGAACGUCAUCCACAUCACCAUCCCUGCGCUGGUGCCGGUGAUCACGAUCUUGUUCCUGCUCAGCGUCGGCAACAUCCUGGAGUUCGGCUUCGACCCGAUCUUCAACCUGUACAACUCCAACGUCUACGAGAAGGUCGACGUGUUCGAGACGCUGGUGUACCGCUCCGGCAUCGAAGGGGCGCGCUACUCCUACGCCACCGCCGUGCAGCUCUUCCAGAACGCGGUCGGCUUGGUCGUCCUGGUCGGGGCCAAUCAGAUCGUGCGUCGCUACAGCGAGUACGGGGUCUGGUAG